AUGAUAAGGGAAGAAAGAAAUAGAGUAUAUGAACAAAUAUUAACGGAGAAGAGAAGAGAAGAGAAGAGAAGAGAAGAGAAGAGAAGAGAAGAGAAGAGAGAAAAACCUGAGCAAGAAGGAAUUCUGGAAAUCCAUAAAAGUCGUUUCUUGGGUCACACUCAAACAGAGUAUGUGUACUCCCACGAUCUCCCCAACCAUGAAUGA